UUCUCUCUCUCUCUCUCUCGUUAUUUCCAGAGAUCAGUGAUUAUCGAUCUCACUCAUCUUCACUACAACUUCCCGUCGGCUGGUCUUUCCACGGCGCAGAUCUAGCAUCGUUUUACCUUUUCGAUAUCUUGUUCCUGCAUCUGCUACUUCUCUCAUUUCAUUUUGGUUCCCGUAGCUUAAUCGGACCAAAUGGCGAUGGCCUCACAAACCCCCGACAUAAUGGGAGAGCGCCAGUCAGGGCAAGAUGUUCGUACUCAAAAUGUUAUGGCAUGUCAAGCCGUUGCGAACAUUGUGAAGUCUUCUCUUGGUCCUGUUGGACUGGACAAGAUGCUUGUUGAUGAUAUUGGGGAUGUAACAAUUACAAAUGAUGGAGCUACAAUACUGAAGAUGCUAGAAGUUGAGCAUCCAGCUGCCAAGGUGCUUGUUGAGCUGGCUGAACUUCAAGAUCGUGAAGUUGGGGAUGGGACGACUUCGGUGGUGAUUAUAGCUGCUGAGCUACUCAAGAGAGCCAACGAUUUGGUGAGAAACAAGAUUCAUCCAACAUCAAUAAUUAGUGGUUACAGACUUGCCAUGAGAGAAGCAUGCAAAUAUGUUGAUGAGAAGCUAGCUGUAAAGGUUGAAAAGUUAGGAAAAGAUUCUCUUGUGAACUGUGCCAAGACAAGCAUGUCCUCAAAGUUGAUUGCUGCUGACAGUGAUUUCUUUGCAAGUCUGGUUGUGGAAGCAGUGCAAUCUGUUAAGAUGACUAAUGUGCGUGGAGAGAUCAGAUAUCCAAUUAAGGGAAUCAAUAUCCUCAAAGCCCACGGCAAAAGUGCAAGGGAUAGCUAUCUCUUAAAUGGUUAUGCUUUGAAUACAGGUCGUUCUGCACAGGGAAUGCCAUUAAGAGUGGCACCUGCUAGGAUUGCCUGUCUUGACUUCAAUCUUCAGAAGACAAAAAUGCAAUUGGGUAUCCAAGUUGUGGUUAGUGACCCACGGGAACUUGAAAAGAUUCGUCAGAGAGAAUUUGAUACAACAAAAGAACGCAUUGAGAAACUUCUAAAGGCUGGAGCUAAUGUUGUUUUAACUACAAAGGGAAUCGAUGACAUGUCGCUGAAGUACUUUGUUGAGGCUGGUGCAAUUGCAGUCAGACGUGUUCGGAAAGAUGAUCUUCGCCAUGUUGCCAAGGCAACUGGGGCAACAAUGGUCUCCACAUUUGCUGAUAUGGAAGGGGAGGAAACCUUUGAUUCCUCAUUUCUUGGACAUGCUGAUGAAGUUGUUGAAGAGCGAAUUGCUUCUGAUGAUGUUGUCAUGAUUAAGGGAACAAAAACUACAAGCGCUGUCUCUUUGGUUCUGAGGGGAGCUAAUGAUUAUAUGCUUGAUGAAAUGGAGAGGGCUUUACAUGAUGCUUUAUGCAUUGUUAAGAGGACACUGGAAUCCAAUACGGUCGUUGCUGGUGGAGGUGCAGUGGAGGCUGCCCUAUCUGUUUACUUGGAGUACUUGGCCACAAGCUUAGGAUCACGCGAGCAGUUAGCAAUAGCAGAAUUUGCUGAAUCAUUGUUAGUCAUACCAAAGGUUCUUGCUGUGAAUGCUGCAAAGGAUGCAACUGAGUUGGUUGCUAAGUUACGUGCUUAUCACCACACUGCACAGACCAAGGCAGAUAAGAAGCACCUUUCCAGUAUGGGACUGGAUCUUCUGAAGGGGGCUGUAAGGAACAAUAUUGAAGCUGGAGUUCUUGAGCCUGCUAUGAGCAAAGUAAAGAUAAUCCAGUUUGCAACAGAAGCCGCCAUAACAAUCCUGCGAAUUGAUGACAUGAUCAAGCUUUUCAAAGAUGAGAGUCAAAAUGAGGAGUAAAUUGUUGUUUUUGUUUUGACAGCCCCCAACCAAUUUUUGUUGACAUUAAUUAUUUAUAAUUUGUGUUUACUUUUCUUUUGAUUUGGGUGUAGUUUGUUUUAGAAUGCUGCAUAGACUAUUUUAUUUGAGCUUUUGUUUAAACAAAUUAUGAUUUGAGUUUUAACAGUUUGAAGGAGAACACUUUUGAAAGAAACAGAGGUAGGGGUGAUCCGUCAAGGAUUUAUUUGUUUAUUUUGC